GCCGAACUGGCUGGGUUUUGUUCCUGGAGUAGAUAACCCCCCCCUUUUUGAAAGCAGUACGGAAAGACAAAAGGGCUGAUCAAAGGGCACCAGGAUCAGGUGAACUUCAGAACAGGCUUCUAGAGCUGUAAGCAGAAGGCACAGGGUCACUGAGAUAACAGGAACCGACAGCAACAUGGAUGACCAUUCCCCUCACGCCUCUGGGCUUUGUCUCUGUCAUGAAUUUAAACCUACUGGUCAUAAUACAGUUCCCAGAGCCAAAAGGCUGUUUGAUUCCACAGAGCAGGUUCAGGCCCUGCAGUCAGCUAAGAAAGCUUGUGUGUUGAGUCAUCACUGUAGCACUCCAGAUCCAUCAGAGAAACUGCUGCUCUGUUCCCCGAUUCUCCCUGCUUUCAAGGAUCCUCUCAUUUUCUGGAUGAUACUGGCCAUGACGACCUUGUUGCCAGUUCUUCUGCAUCAAAAUACGAUGAUGUAGCCAUUUCUCUAGAUACAAGCAGAUGUUUUGAUGAUAGCGAGCCAGAUGACUCCCUGUUGGAACUGUCAGACAGUGAAGAAGGGAGUUCUCCUUUCAAUUACACCGAGGAAGAGAUCCAGGAAAUCUUGGCAGAUGAUUGUAUGGAAUCUGAGCGGUACCUAACUAGAAAAAGCACUCUGAGCCAAAAUGUAAAUGGAAAGGGUGAAAAGGAUGAGAGCAGCAGCUGCGCUGGGGCAUCAGUCAUCAGCGAAGAUGCAAACGUAGAGUCAAAGAUCGCAGAGAAACCAGACGAACCUCUGUCCAGAGAGUGUUCUUCAGUUGGUUCUGAAUGUUAUCUUAGCCUUUCGAACGAAAUUGCUAGUUUGGAUGAGAACCACCUGCAGUCAGCCCAAGUAACUCGCAUGCUAUUUGACCUUGACAUUCAGGAACUUCUAAGUCUUAGCCCAAUUGAUGCUGACUAUGUAGAUCAGCCUCUGGAGGACAAUUGUUUGGAGGAAAACGAAAGAGAAGCUUCAGAAGCAAUCGUAAAUGAUUGCCUAGAGAAUGAUAAAACUGCUAGUAGCUGUGUUCUUGAAGAAUCCUUGGAGGGGCUGAUGUCUAAUGGCCGGCAAAGCCUGGGUGUGGAUUGCCUGGGAAAGACUCCCUUUACAAGCAGAGAUGUGUCUGACUUCUGUGGUGAUCAUGUGGGAGGAUCCAUGCCGCCUUCUGACCUUGCCUGUGGCCAGAGGACAGCUGAUGAGAGUUCAGCAUCUGUGUUGCCGAGGUGUCCCACGCCAUCUUCUGGGGCCAGAAACCAAGAACUUUCCAAAGCAACAAAGAGCUGUUUUUCAAGGAAAUUAGACUCUCCAGAGGAUGAUGAGGGGGAAGCUACAGAAGCUGAACAGCCAUCAAACAGCAUCAAAUUAAGUGAUACAGCUAUAGGCCAGAUGGGGCAGGAAGAGACAACCAGUGGGAAGAAGGCUGGCAAAGUUAUUCCUGUGCCACAGGAGGAGGAAAAGAGACUGAAACAACGGACAUGCAUUUCAGAAGCGGAGCUUGAGCAAAAGAAAAAUUUCUAUCCAGAGCGUGCACAUCCAUAUCAAGAAAAGUGUAGCUCCUACACCAGAAAUUACCCAAGGUCGAACAAGAAACCUACCCAAAGGUACAGCCUUACACAGUGGGUGAGCAAGAACUUGGCCAAACACCACUAUUUUCAGAGCAUUCCUGACCACUUCCAGCGUAGCCCUGUCACAGCCUUUUCUAAUGUUUGAUUUUGCUGCUGAGGGACUGUGCUGGUUCUUGUUUUGCAUUUAGAGUUGUUCCUAAUUGUUCUGGUUUUGAGUCGUUUGUAUUUUGAUAAGCUGUUUUAUGAACUGUUUUUAAUAAGGCCAAUGGAAGUUGCUAUGUUUUAGAAACAUUUGGAACUGGUUUUGAAAUGCAAUUUAAAUGUGAUCUGUUUUGUGUAGGUAACUUCUAUGUUUUGUAUCAGUGUUGUCCUUUGAACUGAAAACAACUUCCUCACAGAGUAGAUAACAAAUGUAGUUGGUGUUCAAGAGGCAAGAUUGCAUGUUGGAUAUGAGGAUGUAAUAUUUCAAUGAUGGAAACUGGAAAACGUGCUUUGAAGAGGAAAAACGUUUCUUUAAAGCUUUGGUCCUAAACCUUGGCAUUAAAUCUCCUACAGCGAUUGGGCUCCCUUUGAAUAACAUUAAGGUUUUAAAUUGUAAAAACAGGCUGUGGCUGCUGUCCCCCUCCAUUUGACAAAGACAAAGUUGUGUUAGUUUACAGUAAACUCAGGAGCAGCUGUUGAUUUACUUGGUUUGGUUAUGUCUUGUCUUGUUCUGUUGUUCUUUCUGUCCCUGAAAAGUUUGCCUUUUUUGAUUUGUUUUUACUUGUUUCAUUUGUAACUUUUCUUGUAGAAAUGUUUCCUGAGAUUUGCACUGCAGUUUAUAAAUAUUUUGCACCUGUUAGAUGUAGUUUUCUUUUCUGCUAUGUUAUUGUGGCUCUCCCCUUUCACUUGCCUGCUUUCUGGACUGCCCAGAAGAGUGUGACCUUGUGGUCAUUUAAGCUGCACAAUCCGACAGCAACUACUGGUCUUUGUGCUGCCUCCAUCUCCUUCCCUAACAGAGCAUAGAAACUUCAGAUUAUUUGGAGGAUUUGUAAAACAGAGAGAUAGGUUGAUCUUCUGCAAAAUGCUCUUCCCAGGGGUGCUAGGAGGGCCUGCACAGGCCUUACGAACCCUUUAGGCAUUUAUAGGUGGAUUUCAGAGAGCAAAUUAGGUUUAUUCAUGGAGAGAAUUGUACUAUAUUUUUAUCAUAGUAAUUUGAAUUUUUU